AUGGCUGCUACGACUGUUAAAACGGAUCCAAUUCAAAACGAUAAAAUGAAAUUUCGUACACAAAUUAUCGAUGGAAAGCCACGAAUAUUUUUUGACGCAAAUGAUGAGUCUUCCACAAAAUCCAAAUCCAAACGAAAUAGUCGAGCAAUAAAUACUGCAAGUCGUCUUGCAGAACAACAAAAAUCAAAAAUAAAUAAUCAAAAAUCUCCAAUACAAAAUGGAACAAAUAAACAAAGAGUUAAAACUGAACAAUCGGGAAAUAAAAUACGAGUUAAUGAUGAUGGUUCAACAUUAGGAGUUUAUAUGACUAUGGAUGAAUUAGCUGAACUUGUUAAAGCUGUAAAAGAAAAUUCUAAAACAGAACCACCACUGCCGCAACAGCAACAAUAUACUGAAACAACAGCUCCGCCUAUUGUUCCUAAAUUAGAUUUACCAUCAGAAUCUCAUCCACCUCCACCAGUUCAUAUUUCACCUCGAGAACAAGUUUUAAGUGUAAUGGCUGAAAAAAAACGUCAAAAAUGGCUCCGAGAAAAAGCUGAAAUUGAACGAUUACAAUUAGAAAUUGAAUAUGAUCAACUUAAACAUCAAUUAUCACCUCGUCAUAAACAGAAAUCUGUAUCUCCUGGUAUUAUCAAAAAAAAAAAAAAAGAACUUAAACUCUUACUUUUUUCUUAUCCUUUAGAACGAUCAACAUUUCAAUAUGAUUUUCCACCAACAACAAAUAAGCCACCAUCUGUACCAUCAGUUCCACAAUCAUUUAAACCUAAUGAUUAUCAACAUGAUAUUUCACCAAAAGUUAACGAAAUAGAUUCAAAUCAUGAUGUAAUGAAAACACAAUUAAUGGAAAAAAAACAACAACAAUGGAAACAAGAAAAUUCGGAAAAAACAACAGCUUGGAAUCCGUUUGGUCGUCCAGGUGGUGGUGCACCUAAUAUGAAUGAUAAUCAAUCGCGAACAUCUCAAUUGCCAUCCAAUAAUGUUGUAUCAUAUCGUCCACCAAUUCCACAAUAUACUGAUAAUUCAUCAUUUUCAUUGCCAUCUACAAAUAUUCAUAGUGAUCAAACACAUAUUCCAGCUGCCAUGAGAACAAAUUUAUUAUUUGGUGAUGUUCGUUUCGAAGAUGAUGUUAAAACAGCUAAAGAAAUUGAACGUCGUCAAUGGUUAGAAGGUUUACAAAAACAAGUUGAAGAAAAUAAACAUAAAAAAUCUUUUCAACAAGAAACUGAUCGUCGACAAGAUUUUUUACAUGAAAAUGUUCAACCACUUGUACAAGAAGCUGCUUAUAGACAUCAACAACAACAAAAUUUUGACAUAAAUGAAUCAAAUAAAUAUGAUAAAAGAUCUCAAUUAAUGGAUAAACUUAAACGUAAUGGAUAUCCAACAGAUUCAUUAAUUAAAACAAGUUCAGAUGCAAAAUCAGCUAGUUCAGUAUCGAAUCAAAAGACAGGUGAAAAACUUUUCGGUCCAAAUUAUGAUUCAUCAUCAGGACAGAAUAUGAAUAAUAAAGUUGAACCAUUACAUUUAAAUGUUGCAAUCGAUCGACAACAAGCUUAUCGGCCCAAAGAUGCACGUCGAGACGAAGCUGUUAAUACAGUUGACUCCACUUUUCGAAGCGAUCACAGUGUUCAAACUGAUUUUCGAGCAUUACCAAAUCGACAAACAAAUCCAUAUGCUUAUGAAGAAUCUGAUUUACCUCCUCAAGUUCCAAAUCAUCAUUAUCGUAAUUCAGGUUAUCGUAAUAUUCCAAAUCAACCAGGUAAAAAAAAUGCUCGAAUGCGUUCACUUGAUGAUAAUUAUUCAUCACGACAAACAUCAACAAUUUAUCAAACAAAUUCAACUGAUGAUGGUACAAUAUCACAAAUGAGUAAUCAACGUAGUUCUCAUGGUCCAAGUGAUGUUCAUCAUCGUCCAUUAUGGAAUUAUCGUAAUCCUGAACAUCGUGAAUAUAUUCCUAAUUCAAAACGUGAUCCACAUUAUGAAAAACGACAACGUCUUAAACAUUUUGAACAAGGCAAUUUUGAUCGUAUUGAUGAUGUACAAAAGAAAACAUGUUAUAAUCGUUGGAAUAGUGAUAGUGAAUUACAACAACAACAAAAAAGAUCAAUACCAACAAAUCGUAUACGUUCAACAGCAUCAAAAACUUCAACAUAUGGAAAUCAUAAAGAUGAAAGUAUCAUGAAUUUACUUAAGGUACAAAAUAAAUAUCAACAAGAAACAUUUGGUACAAGAAAACCAUCAUCAAUACAUACAAAAACUGAUGAAGAUUUUAAUUCUAAUCGUGGAUCAUCAUUAGACAAAUAUGAAAGUUAUAUACCUCAUACAAGAAAUGAUGAAAUAAUUGAUCGAAAUAAAAUUAAUUCACCAUCAUCACAAUCAAGAGAAACAUCACCACAUAAAGAAUUAAUAGAAACUAAUACAAAUGAUAAUUAUCAUCAACAACGAGAAUGGGAUAAUACAAGUAGACAAUAUCCACUUGUUGAAUCACCACAAUAUAAUGCGCCACAAUCAAGACAAGACCAUAUUCUACAACAAUUAUCAGCUAUUAAAGAAAAUUUGGUUCGUCGACAACGAGAACUUGCUACUUGA